ACACAGGUUUACCGAAUGGAAAUUUUCGGAGAGGCAAAAUAAAUAAUGAAUGGCCAUGACGUUUGAGUAGCUUGGGGGAGUCCACAACAAGGCAAGAAGAUCGGCAAACGAUCGAGGAAGGAGAGCUGCAGUCUACUAGCUAGCUGAUUGUCUAUCGCUUGUUGGGAGACUGAUUGAGGUCCAGAAGCGAUAGCGGCAGCAAAAAGUUUCCAUUGUGACAAGAGAAAUUGCCACGAAAGAUUGGCUUCCUUGCAAUAAGGAACAUUAUUUUAUUUGCACGGAGAAGAAAAAGAUGGGAGUCCAAGGAAUCACCAAGCUCUUGACGACAAGAGGCGUUCUGCCUCCACCGUCUCGUGGCUGUUGUACGACCGAACUGUUUCAGCAGCGCACCCAUGAGGACGAAUCCACAACCAUACUCCCCGAAGGCUCCACGCUGCUGAUCGAUGGUCCUGGCUUGGCGUUUUAUCUCCAUACCAUUGCCUACUCUCGCUGGGCUCGCAAGGUGACGCAGCGACAAGACAACAUAAGCAGCAGCAAAUGUCGCGAGACAACGGCCAAAUUGACCACGUCUCAACUCACACUGUUGCUGCCCCAGAACCUGCCAAAGUCCUUACUCGUGGAUGUCACUCGAGAAUUUGUCCAUGGACUGUCAUUUUUGAACCUCAAAGUCUACUGGGAUGGUCCUUCUUCCGCUGCUAUUGUCAAUUUCAAGGCCACGACAUUGAAACGACGUCGCGAACAACGCGAGACGGAAUGGAGCAACUUGCAACGCUACUGCGACCAUGGUAUCUUCCCCAAUGACGUUUCCUGUCAAGUCUGUCACGAGUUUCCCUAUUCGCAACUCUUUGUGUGCAUUGUCCGCGAGACACUUCGACAACUUGUCGACAACAAUAUAGAGUGUGAUGGAGAAGCCGAUGCCGUCAUGGCAGCGGACGCACGGGACCAACCGGAUCACUAUGUCGUGGGACAAGACAGUGACUUUUUCUUUUACAAAGGGAUCCAGUACAUUCCCUUUGCUGGAUUGGUACUUGUAGAAAAGAACAACAACCAACAGAUUAUUAGAGCUCGCGUCUACACGCGACAAGGCAUUGCCCAAUCUCUGGGAUUGGAAGAUGGACACAUGACGGAACUUGCCUGCAUGCUGGGGAAUGAUUACGUCGAUGCCACGACAACCUUCCAGGCAUUUGAUCGAGAUUACGACAAACUCUUGGACUUUUUGGCCCAGCAGGAGGAACACGAGUACCGGCAUACUACUAGUGAUCCAAGCAUGGAAGCAGCCAUCCAGUACAGUCGAAUACUCUACAAUCAUGGCGACAUGCAAGAGUUAGAGUUACCAGAUUCAUCAGAGGAAGAAGAUAGUGAUGGUGAGCAGGACGAGAUGGAUGUGCAGUUGGGUAUUUCGCAACAUUCCCGGACAUUGCUGCGACGAUAUGCUACCUUGAAACCUGACGAUACAUCCGUUCGAGAAGCAUGGCUACGGUCGCUGCAGGAAAUUGUGGAUGCGACUGCGGGUGAGGAGGAACAGCAGACAGUAUUCAAUGAGGAACAUCUCAAGAUCUUGCAGCAACAGCAGCAACCACAACGAACCCUGGCAAGCGAACCACCAUCUCUGGACGAACGGCCAACCUGGCAAGACAUGCUUGCCGCGACAUUCAUUGAAAAGUGUGCCAUGAGGCUGUUCCAGCAGAGUCGCGCAUUGAAACGAACAACGGCACCCGGCACACUCUUUGACCAUGCCCACUUUUUCCAAGCCAUGGCCAUGGCACGACGAAAGCAGGCGGAGGCAGAGGACGAAGCAGGUGACACCAUUCUAUUGAAUAAUCAGGAACAAUCCGCCGCCGAACGUCUACCCACACCCGUAUCAUUGCCCAUUGACGCUCAUCGAGAUGUCAUCCUAGAGUCGAUCCGAGACAACCGCGUCACAAUCAUUCACGGAGAGACUGGCUGUGGCAAGUCAUCCAGAGUACCCAUUAUGAUUCUGGAAGCGGCAACGCCCGAUCCGUCCCUCUCAACGCACAAACUCUUUAUCAGUCAACCGCGUCGAAUAGCCGCCAAGGCACUGGUGGAACGAGUGCGGUCGUGUGAGCCCCAACACGCCCAAAAGUUUGCGCUACGCAUGGGACAUGGGUGGAGAGAGUAUGAAAGCUCUCAGACACAAGCAUGGUUUGUGACAACGGGAUAUCUCACAAGGCUGCUCGCCAACCAUCCACAAAGAUUUGACAAUUGUACGCACUUGGUCAUUGAUGAAGUACACGAACGAAGUGUAGACACUGACAUUUUGUGCUUCCUUUGUCGCCGACUGCUGGAGGAGAAUAAACGAAUUCGAUUGGUACUCAUGUCAGCUACCCUGGCUACAAAACUCUACAAAGAAUACUUCAACUUACCCAAUGAUCCAAUCCACGUUGGCGUUAGACGGUACCCCAUUGAGGAAGUGUAUUUGGAGGAUCUCAGUCGAAUGCAGCUCACCAGUAAGGAACGACAAGCCGUUGCUGCUCUGAGCAAAGAAUGUGACUCGAAAAAGUGCAAGUCAGCCCCCGGAGUGCAGAUGAUGAAGCAUCUCCAGACGCUGGCAGCCAAUCUUGCCACCAUGGUGGGAGAUCCUGGUUCGUCUGUGCUGAUCUUUGUCGCGGGUAUGGCAGAGAUCAUUGGCAUUACAGAGCUCGUGGAGGGUGUAGCAGUAGCGGGGAAACGACUGACGUGCUUCCCAAUUCAUUCCGACAUUCCCUUUGAAGAUCAAAUGUCGGCCUUUGAUUCCCCCGAGCCUGAUGAAGUCAAGAUCAUCAUUGCUACAAAUGCAGCUGAAUCUUCAGUGACUCUUCCAGACGUUGACCAUGUGAUCUGCUUGGGUCUCUGUCGCCAAAUCGUUUAUAAUGCCUCAAGUCACCGGCAGAUGCUGACGCCCACAUGGAUAUCAAGAGCAAGUGCGAAGCAGCGUGCAGGAAGGACUGGCAGAGUCAGACCAGGUACUGUAUACCGUUUGUAUUCCAGGAACGCCUUUGACUAUUAUAUGGAUGAGUUUGAGCCCGGCGAAAUGGUCCGGAUUCCGCUUGACUCGGUCAUCUUGAUGUUGAAGGAAAUGCUGCAUGAAAGCAUCACCCCGGUCCUGUUGGACUGCCUAGAGCCCCCAAACACAACCACAAUCGAACGGUCGUUUGAGAGUCUGCACCAAUGGAAGUUUAUCACGAGUCCAGACGAUGACGGCGAGAUUACGGACCUUGGCUCCUUUGUCUCUUCUCUUGGGAUGGACUUGAUGUUUGGUAACCUGAUCGGGCUUGGAAUUCAGUUUGGUGUGGCUGCUGAGGCGAUUGAAAUGGCCUCCGUCAUGUCCUUCCCCAAAACCCCAUUCCAAAUCACGUCCCCUCUCAUCCAUUCUCCUGCUGAAUUUAAUGAAAUAUCAGCUGCAACUUUUGUUAGCAGAUCUCACUGGGAUGCCAAUCUGUACUCCGAUCCACUCGCGAUGAUGAAUUUGAUGUGGGAAUACGAAAGGGUCAAAGAUAAGAAACGGUUUUGCGGGUUCUAUCGCGUGGCAAUCAAUCGUUUUCGCCAGAUGGUGUCAACUAAAAACAACAAAAGGAAGCGGGUGGCAGAGUUCCUCGGUAUAGAGGAAAGCAAACUCAAGAUGCAAGCCCCUCCAGUGCACUUGCCGGCAUCUAAGCUUGCCAUUCUUCGGAUUCUGCAGCUGUGGGUGUUUUCAGACAUGAUGAUCGAGGCGAAACCAGUGCCCGUCAACAAAGCACCCGAUGGCACUGUCACGCUCAAGGUGACAACAAGCGAUGGGAGGCACCUGUCCUCUGAUGAUCUCAAGCAAAUAUUGGACAAACAGCGCCAUCCUUUUCGGGUUGAGCUGGACAAAAGAAUAACUCAUAAGGGUUCCUUCCAGCCGUUGAAACCGUUUGAACUCCCAGUCUUCGAAGAGCGCUUUCUGUCUUAUUGCUGCGUUCACGACAUCGGUCUUGCGUGGUAUUUUUGCGAUGGUCGGAUGUGCCUCUUUUUCACUGAAAGCUUGGCCGCUGAUAGAGACUUCAUGGAUCUCAUGGCAGUUGCAUUGGAGGGCGAAAGCUGGAUGAACGUGUUGAUGGUGGAACGGACGGAUGGCAAUCGCCGUGGAAUAUCAGAACGCACCUGCGGCACUUGGAUGCUCAAGGAUGCCAGUAGCUACAAUGCAUCCAAUGAUGAAGUCACGAGAGUGCUUCGGAGAUAUGAAGUGGACGAUCAGAACUCGAUUUCGCUGGUGCGUCAAUUCAGUGAGAUGGCUCUAGAGACCAAGUAUGUGUUCUCCAAACUAGAAUUUACAUUCUCAGAACGAAGGGGUGGAAAAAAGAAGAAGAAGGCAAAGAAGGCACUCCCAUCCUUUGUCGUGUGCGUCGAAGGGUCCUGUUCCGAGAUCAACAAAGUCGACAUGUUCGACUUGCUGCAAACGAAUGAUGCGACGUACACCACCUCGAAAAAAGGCUUUACCCAGAAUCUCUCUUUUGACCAUGUACCAAACAACCCGAAGAUAUUUGGCAAGUCGGAAGAUUUGCUUGCAGUCAGCCAUGCAACCGAAUCCAGCAGUUGGAAGAACCCGCUGUUUGCCGACAUUCCAGAAAGUGCUCGGUUGAUCACUAUGCUAGCUUCGGGACAGCGCAAGGGGGGGCAGAAGAUUGUUUUACAAUCGAAAAGGACGAAACAAAUCGAAGGAAAUUCAAAUUUUGAGGAGGAGUGGGAGGAGGAAGACGAGGAAUUCGACCUGAAUCUAGGGAAAGAAACCCGCAUGGCAUUUCGCUGGAAGCGACUCAGUCGAGGAGGAACGGUUUAUGUUCCAGAGAAUUGUGUCCCAGCAGUAGCCACAAGCCCGCACCAUCACUUGUUCGCAUGCUGCGCCAAUGCACUGGAAGUGGGAGGCGGUGGCCUUCGGGUGGACUGCUUGACUCUGCUUCCCACAGACCCCCUAUUUGUUGCUCUUGGUUUCCUAUCCUUUGGUCUUCAGGUUCCUGGGGCGACUGUUUCCACUACUUCGUACGAUAGCGAUGACAGUAGCUACUCUGGCGACCCCGACGAUUUGGAGGUUUCAAGUCUCCUGCUAUGGAUCGGAGCCCGAUGCCCAAAUGACGAAGUUAUUGCCAAGAGUCACAGUUUUUGUGCAUUCGAGCUUGACGAGACUAUGGCUUUCGAAAAGAUAAAGGAGGCCAUUGCAUUCCACCGAUCCUGUUCAACGCAGGGAGAGUCUCUUCUUUGCUUCCCAUCAGUUGUCAUUGAUCUGUGCAAACUAUUUGAUGGAGUCGGGGGGAGGGAAUUGGAACCUUGGAACAUUGCAGAGUGCUCGCUCACAGCGAAUAACUUGAAGCAGUGGAGAAGGGAGAGGAAGACCGUUACGUCCAGCAACGCAGAUGACACGCCAGUCAGCGACAUCCCCCAGCCAAAACCACAGGAGAGUACAAAGAAGCAGAAGAAGCGUCGGAGCAGAAGUGGAAAGAAUGCGCGGCAAAAGGCUAGAGAACAAUUUUCCUUGGAAUCGAACGAGCAGAGCGAUAAAGAGAAUGGUAAGAAAGUGGCGGCACCCAUCGUGAAAUCCAGACAACCAACGGCGAAGGAGCAUGGAAGUCAAAGUGGAGCAAAGAAAAGCCAGGGAGAAAAAACUUCAGCCUCGAGCAACGAGAAAGCGGAAAAUGAAGAAGACAAUAUGAGGAGCCUUGCGUCCAAGUUAGUUUUGAAAGACAAGAAGCAGGCAAAAGGUGUCCGCGUUGGAAUGACGGGCAGGGUUUCGAAACAACACCAAAACAUGUUCGUUGCCAAGUCGCCAGAGGGGGAAACUGUGCUGGUGUCAACCAACGUGCUUGCGAUGCUCCUCAAGGAGGUCGGUGGUGCUCAGGAACAGCAGACAAACAACAAAGUCAACUGGAAGAAUUGGAAAGUUCUAAAGCUCGUACUCGAGGGUGGCGAAACACUCUACAGAGCUUGCUUUGAGACCGGAAUUAUCCCACUGGCGCCUGUCGAGGGAAGAGGGAAGAAUCUCUUGCCCAAAUGGAUGCGGAAACAACCCCGUCCUGUCUGGGCAAACGAUGCUUUGGAGUGCAUCCCGCCGGCAACACGGAAAGCUGCGGUGGAAUCGUUCGAAGUUCAAUCACCAGGCAACCAUCAGUUAUGGUUUCGCACAAUCGACGCCGCUCUUCGGAUGGAGGCAGCUUUCUGGUUGGAAAGGCAAUUCUCGUUUGGAAAGAAGAGCGGCGACAACAACAAAUCGAAGGUCGUUCGGCAUUGGUAUGACCAGUCAUUGACGGAGAUGGCCGAAGCUGUCAAGAGCCGAUCAGCAGAGAACUAGCUUUAGGAGCAAAUGCCAGAACGAUGUGUUGAAACGCCAAAAUGAUAGUGUUGAAAGUUUGAAAUAGACUAAGACUAACCAUGCCAAGCAUGCCGUUACUCCUCG